CGUCACUCGAGGAGCGGGCGCCGUGCGGCCGCCAUCUUAGGCAGCGGGUGGGGAGUGAGCGGGAGCCGGGAGGCCGCGCCGACACAGCCGCGAAUGCCGGCAUGCUCAGGUGCCUGUGACCAACAAGGCAGCGCCCGGGAGGCAGGCAGGCAGGCAGUGCGGUGCGGUGCGCUAGCGAAGCGGAGCCCGGCCCUCCUUCCCUCGCCACCGUGUGGUUGUGGUGGGGUCCGGGACUCGGGGUUGUAGCUCGGGGGGAGGUGAGGUGAGCCGUGCCUUGUCGCCAUGGCGGCCGCCAAGUUCGAAUCGCACGACCGGACGAGCUGGUACUUCGGGCAGCUGAGCCGCCAGGAAGCGCAGGGCAAGCUGCAGGGCCAGCGGCACGGCACCUUUCUGGUGCGGGACAGUACCACCUGCCCGGGCGAUUACGUGCUUUCGGUGUCGGAGAACUCCAAGGUGUCGCACUACAUCAUCAACAGCCUGCCAAACAAGUUCAAGAUCGGCGACCAGGAGUUCGAGCACCUGCCCGGCUUGCUCGAGUUCUACAAGAUCCACUACCUGGACACCACCACCCUGAUCGAGCCGGCCGCGCGGGUGGCGGGCCCGCCUAUCUCGCUGGGCAAGGCCGCUGGCCCAGGCCAGGGCCACGUCCUGCUGGGCCCCGGCACGGCCUCGGGCGGCGGCGAGGAAAGCGCCGACUACGUGCGGACGCUGUACGACUUCCCCGGCAACGACGUGGAGGACCUGCCCUUCAAGAAGGGCGAGCUACUGGUGAUCGUGGAAAAGCCCGAGGAGCAGUGGUGGAGCGCCCGCAAUAAGGACGGCCGCCUCGGCAUGAUCCCCGUUCCCUACGUCGAGGUGGUGGUCAAGUCGGCGCCGCAGCAGCAGCAACAGGCGCCGGGCUACCGCAACUCUAGCAGCUACGGCAUUCCCGAGCCUGCACACGCCUACGCUCAGCCCCAGACCAGCAGUCCCCUGCCCACCGGCCCUAACCCGCUGCCCACUACCCAGAACGGGCCCGUCUACGCCAGGGCCAUCCAGAAGAGAGUUCCUUGCGCCUAUGACAAAACUGCAUUGGCGUUGGAGGUUGGUGACGUUGUGAAAGUGACCAGGAUGAACAUCAGUGGUCAGUGGGAGGGUGAAGUGAACGGCCGGCAAGGACUCUUUCCUUUCACCCAUGUUCAGAUCUUCGACCCCCAGAACCCAGAGGAGAACGAGUGACCUGAAGGUCUGAGCAUUUGGUCGCUUCCAUCUGCCUGUUCAUCACAGUCGGCAUCAACAUUCGGCGCGUCGCUUCCAAACUAAAGGGGAACGCAUCAUUUUGCCAUGGAAAUGCGAUUGGGUUUUUGAGUAUCUGCUUAACUGCUGGAAUUUAACGUUUCUGUCUGAGCUGUUCCCAUGUACCAUUAAACUACACGAUACUAAUAAUAAAUGGAAAUGCAGACAGGCGAGGAACAGCCUCAGUCCCAGUACCACGUUAGAUCAAGCUACCGAUUGGAACUUUUAGCCAACUGGGAUAACAGUCUGUAGUUGGCCAAGCCUUUCACAUUUGGAACAGUCGAAUGGAUAUUCUUCCUAGGUUUAUUAAAUGUGGCAUGUAGGAAUGCUACUGGGACUAGAUUCAGCAUUAUCUUGAGAUCACGUAACUUCACAACUGAGUGAAUAACAGGCUCUGAACUCGUAAGAAUGUUUUUAAAUCGUUUUCAAUGCGUCGUAUAUACCAGCCCGUGCUGCUGUAUACGAGAUGUAGAGGAGUCACAAUUUUUUGGAUACAAUGAGAUAGGUAGCUGUAGAUAACAAUCAUGGAUGUCACUUUUACAGUUUUUUGUAACACCUUUAAAGUGAGCUUUUAAAGAGGAAACACUCUGGGUGGACAGGAACAGAAUUGCCCUCCAGUCCAGAAAGGUUACCGGGGUAGGCUGAAAACCACAAGGAUCUUGGCAGGGGCUGGUCAAUGGCAACCCAAGACGUUCUGGGUUUGGGAGCAGGUAUUCUGUAGACUGACCCAGGGGCUUGUGCUUCACUCAGUAAGAAGCUUAUCAUAUCUCUGAAUAGGGAGGUCAAGAUUCAUUUUAACAAAUAGCCUUUGUUUUGCUGUUCAGAAAAUAAGGAACAGACUGAAAUUAUUCAAAUAGAAUUAUUGGUGCCUUUUCUUUUGGACAUGGUUUCCAAAGUGAAAGAAUCUCAAUCUGCAAUGAUGGACAAUGUUCUGUGCCAGACGACAAAUUGAGUGAAUCCGUGUCCAGCACCUGUAACCCACUGGGUUGUGAGCAGUGCACAAGCCCUGUUAUGCCUGCACUUGGUGCAGGGGACUGCAGGAGCUGAACUCGAGCAGCCAGAGGUUGAAUGUGUCUGUGGCAUGUUUGAGCGCUGCUCUGUUUCUGACCUUGACACACACACUCUUUUACAGCCACAGGUCGACAUGUACUUUGUAUUAGUCUGGCAGUAAAGAAUGAAUGCCCCUUAAAACAAUCUUUUCACAGAACAAACCAAUCCUUUGAAGUAAGCUUCCUUUGACCUUUUCUCAUUUUUAGUGAAGAUUAAGCCCAGUACGUUGUUUUACUACAGGUGUACUGACUUAAUGAGCUGGGUGGAAAAUUGACACCAACAAUGCAACAUUAAAAUGCUCGUCACCAAUUUAUCACCCUGCAUACCAAGUAACUAGCUUCACCCAUUUCAUUUUAUGGGCUGACCCAUUACUAUCUAAAUGAGAUUUAUCAGUUUUGUUGAUGCAAAAAGCAACUGAGGAAUAAUGACACAAAAACUGUCUUGAUGGAUGUCUGAGGCAAGGUCACUGGAUGGAGAGGAGUCAAAGGCGAUGCUGUAUCUUUCGUUCUUCCAAUCUUGUAGGAAGAUUAGUUGACCCUUUGAUUCCAAUAUCUGGGCAGUGGGGGGUGCACAGCAGUUUACCAGGGUGAAUACAUGGUAGCUGUCACUAAUAGGCAGCUGCAAAUUAUUACUGACUGGAUAUUGUUCCCAAAGGAUGUUUUUUUUAAAUGAAUCCAUUUGAUGGCUCAGUGGCCAUUCUCCUCCCCCCCCCCCCCCCCCCAAAUAAUAGAUAAAGGAUGUGGGUGCAAUUAAUUGCUGAGCAUGGUUCGUUUUACACAGCACAUUAAACUAAUGCCUUGACCAUUCCUCUGAAGCUCCUGUGGGGGAGGGGGAAUGGUUGACUACUUAGCGUCAAGUCACCAUCAAACCAAAGUAUGUACCUAGUGCCUAAAAAUAAUUCAAGAUGUGGAUAAAGCAGGUUGGUAGAUUAGGUAUCACUGUCCUGCAUAUGUUUAGAAGUGGGCUUUUAGAACCGUAGCAAAUAUAAGGACCUGUAAAAUAUGUUUUUGAAUAUAUGUUUUAUUUUCCACCCCUUAUCAUUCUGGCCUUGCUGAGUGAACAGGUCUUGGAUCAUAAUGAGACAUCAGUAUUGACCCAAUGGACUGCUUAGUGCAGAAUCAUUGAUAUGUUUGGGUCUGUCUCAAUAUAUCUGCUCAUACUAAUGUCUGGGGCCUAUUUUUUUUUUUUUUUCUUCAUCAAACCACUAUAGAUCCCUUGGCUUGCCUGCCAAGCUAUUACACUGGACUCCUAAUGAUCUGCCUUUUGCUUGAAAUAUCUUGUGAGAAUAUGCAAAGCCUCCAUUUUUAUUUUUUUUCCCAUUUUCAGACGUCAUGGGUUCCAGUUGUGAGUGUUUCCCCUUUACAAGAUGAUAGAACCUAGCCCGCUUCUCUUCCUGCCUUGCUUACCUGCGUUCACAAUAUUGUAAUUAGGCUUAUACCAUGGGAAGGAAAUAAUGCUGGCCUCUGGUUCUGGAAGGUGUAAAACAGUCAGUGAAGCUCAGAGAUGGAUCAAACUGGAGGACAAACAUACCCAGCUUUCAUUUGCUUGCCUUCCCACUCCAUUUGUUGCCAAUAAAACUUGUUUACAACACAUCAAAUUUGCAGAAGGUUUUUGAUGCUUAGGUUAUCACAGAAAAUACCUCUUGUCUAUGUGCAUGCUAGUGUCACUUUUAUUUUUGUAGAGAGCUUUUGCUGUUUGAAGAGAACCUUUAAAUGCCUUUUGUUUAACAUUCGGGGAAUGGGAGUGUUUGCCUGGGAACAAUCCAUUGACUGAAAUUCUAGUAUUUAAAUGCAAGUGUUAAGAACUCUAAAUUCUGCUUGCAACCCCGAUAAAUGUACAAAAAUACUGUCUACUUAAAUGGGCAAUUUGGGGUGCUUUGAUUUAUUUCUAAAGUUAACAGUAUUACAAAACCUGGCCUGUUUUCAGGGACAGUAAGUUUAUCUUUGUUCACAAUAGUAUCUGAGGUGGUUUUCAUCACUGAAAUCACAUGCGGACAUUUCCCUUCGUGAAAUCAAUAACUGUAUUGUUUUGUAUAUGGUUAGUAAACCUUACAUUUAUUGAUAUUUCCCUUACUAUUCAGAAUCUGCAUCAUUAAUAGAGGUAAUAUUGAUAUGAAAUUGGAGCAAUCAAAAGAACAAAGGGAAAACUUUGACCUGUUACUAUUCUAGAUUAGUGUGGUCAGGGGAAUCAUAAAACACUCGUGGUAAAUUUGGGUGACGUUUUAUGGAUUUGGAUGGUUAAAUGGUAGGCGGUAUCCACAAGGUAAUCCGGUACAGGGUUUGUAUUUUAGUAGCUACCGUUCCCCAAAUUUGAUAUCAGUGUGACUGAAGUAUUUUAUCACUGUUGUGGCUUUGCUGUUUGGAAUUGCUGUUGAAUACCACUGGAAGUCACAGGCUGCUAAUGUUGCUCAAAGUAACGUACCAUGGCAGAUGCAGUUUGCAGUCUGAAGUGUAACAUUUCCGCCACCAACAGCGCAUCAUUAGUUUGGCAAUGAGUCAGUACUUGGCUAAUUUUAGCUCAUUGUUUCCGCUGUAAAGCUGUGGUGAGUGCACUUUUGCCUCAGAGCUGUAGAGCUGUCUCCAAAACCAGCUGUUUGUUUUUGGAACUGGUAUUGACUGAGGUUACAAAUACUCUUAAUCUCUGGUGUGCCUCAUUCUACAGCCCAUUACAAGUUCCUCAAACAGCAGCGUAAUUGCGACACACCUUUGGGCUCAGCUGCAUUUACACGGAGUGUCUAGAAGACUGUUUUGCUGAGUAUUUGGUGAAGGAGACCAUGUUUGUAAGAUGUGUACAGGGUGGGGAAAGAUCUUGUUGACUAGCAAGGGCCUCAAGUGGUUCGCGUAUUCAUUACAGCAUGGAGAGUAGCAGCUUCUUCUGUCAGCUACUUGUGAUGAAUUAAUCUAUGGAACCGAGUCAGUUGAUUUUGGGCAGGCAUUAUUUGUAUCUCCCAUUUCUUGCAUUUUUCUGUUCCAAUCAUGGUUUGUGAUUUCCACCAAUGUCUCCUCAUCCCGACCAUUUUAGUCAUAUUUGAAUAUAAAUUUGUGGGCUGUAUUCAACACUGAAAUGGAAUAAUGAUUUGAGAUGAUAUUUGGGGCUGUUACAUAAAACAUCACAAUAAAAUUAUUAACUCUUGUAA